AUGCCGGGCUUCAUGGACGGUGAAGGUGCUAAAGCUCGUCAGGUGGCCAUAAGAAAGAUUCUCGACGACAAGCAGUUUGGCGAAGACCCAGGGAAGAAUUGGAGCGAAUCGGAGAGCAGCGACGACGACAACGGGAAGGACGCUCCGAUGUCAAGUGGCAGCAGCAAUAAUGUGUCGGUAGAGGAGAGUACAGCUCCGUCGGACAUAGGCUCACAGGAGUCCGGAGAUGUCGAGUCCGGAGAUGUCGAGUCCGGAGAUAUCGUGUUCGCAAAGGAAAUACGGGAAGCAACAUUCGGGGGAGGGGGAGCGGGCAGAAAAAAAAACCAUGGCAAGCGGAAGGCGAGCGCCGGCGGCAGCGCCGUAGGGAACAUGAACUCAACAAAGGCAAGCCUAGGAGCGAGUGCCAAGAAAGCCCGGGGCAAGGACUACCCGCUCUGGGCCGCACAUCUGCUGAGGAGGACAUGCGCGCACCGCAAGAUCCCGAGGAUGUCGAAAGAGGGCGACAAGCAUGUCCUGGUGCAGGCCCUCCGAUCUCACGACGGCAACAUGAACCGGCCAUGUCCGUACUAUGACGACCUCAAUGCUAUCACAGCCGGCAAAUCUGGACGCAGAAACGGGGAGGAGGACGAGGAGGAGGGAGCCAUUCCUGCCAAAGCACUCCUUACGUUUCGAAAUGUUGUCGGGAUGGUCGCCAUAGCACGUGACAGUAACGUGCCGUUUCAAGUCGAUAAUGUGGAAAACAGUGUG